CAUCGGCACAGUCCACAGACUGCUCUCCUGGCAGCCAGCACAGGCUUCCGGACCACAGAGGAAACCAUGGAAACUUCAGGACCUUCCUCCCAGACUCAAGAUCACAGUCGAGUCCCUGGAGAAACAGAAGACCUAGACUAUGGAGAGACGGAUUUGCACAAGCAAGACACGGAAGCCAGACUCUUUCCUCAAGAACAACCCAAGAGAGACAAGGGUUUUACCUCCUCCUCUUCAUCUUCCUCCUCCUCUUCCUCCUCGUCAUCCUCCUCUUCAGGAAGUGGUGAUGAGGACCAGCACUGCAGAGUGACCGGAAAACGUCGGCAGAGCCAGGGGGCUGGGCACCCCCCAAGGGACAGCUCACCUGGCGCUGAGCAUGAGGAGCCGGACAUUUUGAAGGACGAGCUUCAGCUCUGUGAAGGUGCCCCCGGAGAGGUGGUGCCCUCAGGAGAAUCAGGUCUCCGAAGGAGAGGCUCUGACCCAGCGAGUGGAGAAGUGGAGGCCUCUCAGUUAAGAAGACUGAAUAUAAAGAAAGACGAUGAGUUUUUCCAUUUUGUCCUGCUCUGCUUUGCCAUUGGGACCUUGCUGGUGUGUUACCACUACUACGCAGACUGGUUCAUGUCCCUUGGGGUCGGCCUACUCACCUUCGCCUCCCUGGAGACCGUUGGCAUCUACUUUGGGCUGGUAUACCGGAUCCACAGCGUCCUGCACGGCUUCAUCCCCCUCUUUCAGAAGCUUAGGCUGAUGGGAUUCAGGAAGACCGACUGAGGCUGCUGUGUGGCUGGCAGCCAGGCUGAGCACCACCACGACGGCCACGGCCUGUCCCGAGCACACAAGCCACGUUCUGGGAGGCUCGCGGGCCAGCCAGGCUAGAGCAAUAAAGAGAGCUCCUUUCCUUCCAUGUAGUGUGAACGUUGGCAGCAGCCCGGGCCUGGGGGUCAUUCGGGCAGGGCCGGCACGCGAUCCAGCUGCCUGGAUGAGAGGCGGAGGGAAGGUGCCAGCCUCUGUCCUCCACGGCACCCGGAUCGAGCAGGAGGAUUCCAGGGUGUCUGUGCCCUCGGGAGACAGCAGGGGAGCCCCGGGCCCCGCACGCUGUAAUCUGUGUGGGCUCCUGAUGCCUCUCAAGUCCCUAGGCCAUGCAGGUGGGCUCUGCAUCUUUCGAGUCGCCGAGGAGAGACAGCACGCUGACAUAAGGCAGGGCGCCAACAUGCCAGGCCCCCAGGGUGAACCUGCUACAAGUGAGCUGUUGGGGACUAAAGCCACAGCAUCAGGGCACCUUCCCUCAGCCGCACCACCCAGCACCAGCCCCGCCGCCUUGGAAUCCAUCCAGAUUCAAAUAAACAUUUUCUUCCCUGGACUAAAGAGUCAGCUAAAUGUUCCUUCAGGUUUCUUGAGCAUGAGAACACAUUUGGAGUCUCCUUUGACCCCAUCUAGUCGGAGAGGGCACCUUGUCUGCUGGACAAGGUGUAAA